CCCCGCCUGAACGGCUUGCCCACUUCACAGGGUGGGACUGCACAUUUCUAAAGAAUAUAUUUGAAUCAACAAUUCAUAGUGUAUUUGAGUCAACAAUCAAGCUAAAGGUAAGUUUUACCUCCUUAUUUGUUUGGCUAGUCGUUGCAAUUGCACAUGUUGAAAGCAAAAGCGCACUACGCUUCUGAUAUUGUCCACAAAAAGCCAUUGAAAAAGUAGCUAGCUGGACAUCCUUCCUGUGCAUGUUAGCUGCUAGUGUUAGCUAGCCAAAGAUUCUUCCCCUGUCCAUCUCUGAGCUAGCUUUACACUCCAAUGUGCUGGAUAUACUGAGGGCCAUAAGCUAGCUAACUAAUGUACUGAGAGCAAAAACAACAACUAGGCUAGCUAGUUAUAUGACUAGGAAAUUGUAUUUGUUUUGAUAGGCAAAUCCUCAGUUGGCUAGAUAGUUAGACAGAGAAGACCAUAUGAGGUCUUGACUAUGGAGAAGACCUUUAACUAGCUAUGGAAGCCAACUACCAUUAUGUUUUGCUACUUUACCUCCUUGCUCCAACAUACACCCUCACCCUGCCUCUGUAUUGAUGACUUUACUAAACAGACUGGGUUCAAGUCUCCUGUGGGCCUUAAAACAGAAUCAUCCCAAUGAGCUAAAGCCCACCAAACCACCCGUACUACACUUGUAUUGAUCCUUGUCUCCUCUCAUAUCUCCUCUCCCCAUCCCACUCUCCUGUCCUCUCCUCUGUCCUUCUUUCAUUCUCCGUCUCUCUUCUCCUCUCCUGUCCUCCUCUCAUUCUCCGUUUCUCUCCUGUCCUCUCCUCUGUCUUUCUCUCAUUCUCCGUCUCUCUCCUCCUCUCCUGUCCUCUCCUCUGUCCUUCUCAUCUCCGUCUUUCUCCUCUCAUUCUCCCUUUCCUCUGUCCUCAUCUCUUCUCCUCCCUCCCACCAGAUGCAGUUCAUGCUGCUGUUCAGUCGGCAGGGGAAGCUGCGGCUGCAGAAGUGGUAUGUUCCCCUGUCAGACAAGGAGAGGAAGAAGAUCUCCAGGGACCUGGUCCAGACCAUUCUAGCCCGCAAGCCCAAGAUGUGCUCCUUCCUGGAAUGGAGGGACCUCAAGAUCGUCUACAAGAGGUCAGAGACAGACAGGGUUAAUGGGGGGAAAUGUGGACUCCAUCUGAAAGGGUUGAGGUCAAUUAAGGAAGGGAAUUUCACAAUCUUUGUUAAAGGUUUCACUUCCUGAAAUUGCCGUAUUUGAAAACUAAAUUGAUCUCAAACUCUACUCGCUAAUGUCUCAAACCACUAUACUACAAUUAUGCCAAGCUUCAGAAGUUUGUUUUUCAAUAACACUUUCCUGCUAGGGAGGUACCCUUACUGUAACGGUUUUGUUUUCAGUCAGGGUGCCAUUUUGUUACUGCACUCAAACUUCUCAGAAUGGUGAAGGCCGUCUGAUGCUACAAAAUGAUAUGUUUGUCAGAAUGUGGCCCAAGGCUAGUGCCUUUGUUGUUUAUCCCUGUAUUAUCCUGUCUUCCAGACACGCCAGCCUGUAUUUCUGCUGUUUAUUCCUGUAUUAUCCUGUCUUCCAGAUACGCCAGCCUGUAUUUCUACUGUUUAUCCCUGUAUUAUCCUGUCUUCCAGACACGCCAGCCUGUAUUUCUGCUGUUUAUCCCUGUAUGAUCCUGUCUUCCAGAUACGCCAGCCUGUAUUUCUGUUGUUUAUCCCUGUAUUAUCCUGUCUUCCAGAUACGCCAGCCUGUAUUUCUGCUGUUUAUCCCUGUAUUAUCCUGUCUUCCAGAUACGCCAGCCUGUAUUUCUGCUGUUUAUCCCUGUAUGAUCCUGUCUUCCAGAUACGCCAGCCUGUAUUUCUGCUGUUUAUCCCUGUAUUAUCCUGUCUUCCAGAUACGCCAGCCUGUAUUUCUGCUGUUUAUCCCUGUAUUAUCCUGUCUUCCAGAUACGCCAGCCUGUAUUUCUGCUGUUUAUCCCUGUAUGAUCCUGUCUUCCAGAUACGCCAGCCUGUAUUUCUGCUGUUUAUCCCUGUAUUAUCCUGUCUUCCAGAUACGCCAGCCUGUAUUUCUGCUGUGCAGUGGAGGACCAAGACAAUGAGCUCAUCACACUGGAGAUCAUCCACAGAUACGUAGAGCUGCUGGAUAAGUACUUUGGCAGUGUGAGUUUUCAUAUUUCCCACUGCUGCUGUUCUCUGUGGUCCUGUUGGUGUUCAUGACAGUGGCCAUAUUGUUCUCUCUGUGGUCCUGUUGGUGUUCAUGACAGUGGCCAUAUUGUUCUCUCUGUGGUCCUGUUGGUGUUCAUGACAGUGGCCAUAUUGUUCUCUCUGUGGUCCUGUUGGUGUUCAUGACAGUGGCCAUAUUGUUCUCUCUGUGGUCCUGUUGGUGUUCAUGACAGUGGCCAUAUUGUUCUCUCUGUGGUCCUGUUGGUGUUUCACUGACAGUGGCCAUAUUGUUCUCUCUGUGGUCCUGUUUGUGUUCAUGACAGUGGUCCAUAUUGUUCUCUCUGUGGUCCUGUUUGUGUUCAUGACAGUGGCCAUAUUGUUCUCUCUGUGGUCCUGUUUGUGUUCAUGACAGUGGCCAUAUUGUUCUCUCUGUGGUCCUGUUUGUGUUCAUGACAGUGGCCAUAUUGUUCUCUCUGUGGUCCUGUUUGUGUUCAUGACAGUGGCCAUAUUGUUCUCUCUGUGGUCCUGUUUGUGUUCAUGACAGUGGCCAUAUUAUGUUAAAGCACCAUUGCUUACCGCCUAUCCAAAUGAUCAGAUCCGUAAGACAGGGUCUGGGUGUUCCCUGUGUCUAAUGGAGCUGUUCAAAUGGAUUUACCAUUUGGAAUAAAUACAUUGUAAAUGAGCUCUCACAUUAAAAACAGUAAGAAAACAUAGCCAAGGACAAGUACUUACAAUGAGUUCCCUCUUGGUGUCUAAUGUGUCUGUCUCCCUCUCAGGUGUGUGAGCUGGACAUCAUCUUUAACUUUGAGAAGGCCUACUUCAUCCUGGAUGAGUUCUUGCUGGGAGGAGAGGCUCAGGAGACCUCCAAGAAGAACGUACUGAAGGCUAUAGAGCAGGCCGACCUGCUGCAGGAGGUAAGCCUCCCCACUGACCCUUAACCUCUGACCCCAACACUAACCCUGACCUCCAAGAAGAACGUCCUGAAGGCUAUAGAGCAGGCCGACCUGCUGCAGGAGGUAAGACUCCCCACUGACCCUUAACCUCUGACCCCAACACUAACCCUGACCUCCAAGAAGAACGUCCUGAAGGCUAUAGAGCAGGCCGACCUGCUGCAGGAGGUAAGACUCCCCACUGACCCUUAACCUCUGACCCCAACACUAACCCUGACCUCCAAGAAGAACGUCCUGAAGGCUAUAGAGCAGGCCGACCUGCUGCAGGAGGUAAGCCUCCCCACUGACCCUUAACCUCUGACCCCAACACUAACCCUGACCUCCAAGAAGAACGUCCUGAAGGCUAUAGAGCAGGCCGACCUGCUGCAGGAGGUAAGACUCCCAUCAGGGGGAUCUGCUCUGUUCCUGACAUCUCUGGGCUAUGCCCUGGAUGAGUUGGUGUUAUGACGUCUCUGGGCUAUGCCCUGGAUGAGUUGAUGUUAUGACGUCUCUGGGCUAUGCCCUGGAUGAGUUGGUGUUAUGACGUCUCUGAGCUAUGCCCUGGAUGAGUUGGUGUUAUGACGUCUCUGGGCUAUGCCCUGGAUGAGUUGGUGUUAUGACGUCUCUGGGCUAUGCCCUGGAUGAGUUGGUGUUAUGACGUCUCUGGGCUAUGCCCUGGAUGAGUUGGUGUUAUGACGUCUCUGGGCUAUGCCCUGGAUGAGUUGGUGUCACGACAUCUCUGGGCUAUGCCCUGGAUGAGUUGGUGUCACGACAUCUCUGGGCUAUGCCCUGGAUGAGUUGGUGUCACGACAUCUCUGGGCUAUGCCCUGGAUGAGUUGGUGUCAUGUUCUUUUUAUCCAUCUCUCUGACUCCUAGAUGUAAUUCUUGAAUUGUUGAGAUGAUUUGCGUUAAAAGUGUUAUUGUCUAUAGUACUACUGUAUUCAGUCUAAUGUUAUUCGUCUGGCAGCCUGUCGGUUGCAUUGGUAUUCCAGGCACUCCCACUGCCUGAGGCCACAGCCAUAUGACUGAACUAUGGGAACCUCCCCAGGGUUGGCUGUCUGAGCUCUCACUGCCUCUAUUCAUAAAGAGGGCCUUCACUCACUAUUCAGUUCUCAUUCAUGACUACCUUAAGCAUGAAACACUGGAGAAUCAGACUGCCGAUAGGUACGUAUCACAGUAGACGGCCGUUCCUUCUCUUGCUAGAACAAAAGACGUGCCGACCUAGUAGCGAUGAACCUGCUGUUUCUACUUUUUUUUUCUUUUCUUCUAGAGCAAGUCUUUAUAUAUUUUACGUCUAGCCAAGGAGUGUUUGCUUGAAGAAGGAUUAUUUUUGUUAGGUUUGAUCAUGUGCACUAGUUUAUACAAGGCUUGGCUGACAACGCCACGAAAAGGCUUCAAUGGGGCAGAAGUCUGUGUUGUUGUGAUUCUGGAUGGUCAGAUUGCAGCUUCUGGUCAUUGUUGCUAGCCAUGUGGAAAAGAGUAGGUGGCUCAUUUCGACUACUUUAAUAUUGUUCUAUAAACAGAGCUCGGUGCUUAUUAUCGGAUGUAUUAGGUUACAAAAUCCGACUUUUUUUAUAUAUAAUGUUAAUGAUAUGUUCGAGAAAGACCCCACUGAACGAUUCAGAACAUGAAGAGUCAUAUUUGUCUUGGUAAAAUUUAUUUUAUAGCAUAAGGAAGUGAAAUGCAAUCACCAAAGCGCGUUUUCACCCACUUUGGGCAGAGUGGGUGGACAUCCUAUGUAUUUGAGUGACAACAAGUGCUCAUUUUGCAAAUGUAUUUAUGUUUUAAAUAAACAUUGGAGAAUAAAUAUAGUUUACAUGUUGUCAACAAUCUAAUCAAAAGAAAACCAUCAUGCUCUUAACAGAAGCUUGGCUGGUGCAUAAAACCUGCGAAUUCAGGCAAAGAACAAUGUAAGCCAACCACGUCUCUGCUAAACAACAAACCCAUCUCGUAGUUAGCGUUAGCUUGCUGAGCCCGGCAGUCACACACACAUCAUAUGAAACGAAUGAGGUGGUAAGUGCAACACAAUGCACACAACACUAAAUGCUUUACCAAGCUAUCUAUCUGGCCACUGUCGCUAGUAACAUAUAAUUAAAUCACAAUGGAUUCGAUUCCAUGAAGCAGCUGCCUGUGGCUGGCUGCUGAGAGUCACUUUACCUAGCUAGCACAACAGCUAGGUAGCUAGCGAAUCAUGCUAACCAUUUAGCUGACGUUAGCCAGCUAGCUAAAAGUCUAUAUACGGGCUGUAUGCGAUUAUAGCGAGUAAAAAAAUAAAUAAUAAUAUUGCUAGUUAUCUAGCUGUGGCCAUCUGGCUAGUAUCAACAAGGGCUUUCUACAACAAUAGCAACGUUAGUGCAGCUAGCUAACGUUGACUAAACUUGACCAUAAAGCAACACACACGGACAUCCAUUGCCAAACAAUGCUACUGCCACCUUCUGGUUUGGAGUAUUUUAACGAGGCUGAGUGGCUGACGACUUCAAGGUCUUUGCUGUGUGACAACCCUGUUCAGAGGUGCUAAGUACUGUCGGCAGGCGAAACGGUUGACAAUCCUACCAUGUGUCUGAGCUAUUAUUGAUGAAAGACCUUUAUUAAUAGACCAAUUUGAAGCCACAACUAAUCAGUCUGGAUUGGACAUUUGGUGCCUUUCCUUUAUUGCUAAUUUAGACCACAGGAGGUUAGUGGCACCUAAAUUGGGGAGGACGGGCUCGUGGUAAUGGCUGGAGCGGAAUGGUAUCAAACACAUGGUCUGAUGCCCUUCCAUUUGCAGCCAAUAUAAUGAGCCGUCCUCACCUCCACUGAUUUACACCAACUGCUCUAGCGUCAGUUGUAUUGAAAAAGUGCUUUUCUCUCCUUUCUGUGCUUCACCUCCUGCUAGGAUGCCAAAGUAAGUGUUACUGUUACAUUUACCAAGGGGUGCAACUUUCACUGGGGACAGGGGGGACAUCCCCCCCCUCCCCCCACACACAUUCUGAAAUUGCAUUUUUGUCCCCCCCCCCCAGUUUUAUCAUUGGAAUGUGAUACAAAUCAAGGCAACGGUGUGCUUUAGGACCAUGCGGACACCUCCGAGAGGUCGGGUAGGCUGUUUGGAGUGUUUAUCCGACAAAAAAAAUACAAAUUAAUAAUACUUAUGUCCCCCUCACUUCUAAAACCAAAGUUGCGCCCCUGCAUUUACCUGAUAUGCAUUGUUUAAUAGUAGCGUUGGAGCAGUUACUCAAGUCAUUGCAUUUAGGCUACAUGCUCUUGCUUAGUCUCCACAAAUACCUUUUUCUUGUAUGCACUCCACUCCAUACACCAAUUAAACUCUGGUCCAUCUUCAGAGACUGACUGCAGUGCCUUAUCCAUCUCAACUAUCCUCUUUUCUGUUACCUUAGGAAGCUGAAGCCCCACGGAGUGUCCUGGAGGAGAUCGGCCUGACAUAAACUCCCGCCCUCCAUCACUGCCCCAACCAUCUCCCUCUCUUUACUCUCUCUCUUCACAGGGCCCACACAUCUUUCUUUCUCUCUCUCCUUUAAUGUGUAGUGGUGUUGUCUUGUACUAAAACUCUAUGAUGUUGCUAAUAUUACUUGUGCCAACUGUCUGUUCCGUUUUUGUACCAUGCCUCGUCUACACCCGCUGUCACCUUUUUGAAACCCCUAUGGUAUAUGUAGCCAGUAGCCACAAACUACACCAAUAAUAACAUAUCUCACCCACCUUCCUUAAGUCAGUGUUUUGUUGUACAUGUCCAUGAUGGCCACUUUAACUUCAGUCUAGACAAUGGAAAACAAUUCAAAGUAUAUCAUAAAGAGUAAGAUAAACCCCAUUUUACUUGAAUGGGAUUUUCACAAGUAAAGUAAGCAAAGCGAUGUCAGUAUUUGUAAGAAGUGUUACAGUUAAAAGUAUUCACAAUGUCAGUAUUUUUAAAGAAGUGUUACAGUUAAAAGUAUUCAUGUUCAUUCUUUCAUUGUUUGACCAAAGAACACUGUGUUAUAAUCAUUCUAUAGUUUUGAAGAUAAAUGGUGUUUAGGGAAAAAUAUGCGCUCUCUCUCAGGGUUGGGGUCAAUUCCAUUCCAUUUCAAUUCAGAAAGUAAAAUUGACCAUUUCAAUUUUUACUCA